AUGCUUCGACGGACACUAGCGCUCUUCUCGGAAGCCACGCGCUCCACUCAGGCAUCCUCGUCUGCGGACAUCCUGACCUCGCAUCUGUCGAAAAAGCAUCUGCCACCUACGCUCGCACGAACGGCUCAACCUCACAAGAACCUCUACCAGCUGCUGUCCGCGCUACCGAACGACGGAGUCGGCACAAGAGUCCGACAGCGCCGCUGGGUGUCGAAAGGUCUGGAUGUGGAACACGACGUGGAUCUCAAGGCACACGUGACCGAGUUGCUCGAAGAGGGCGCCAAGGAGACCAAGGACGAGGGUCAUCUGUGCUAUUGGGAAGUCACCAAGGUCAGGUUGAAGGAUGGAGGGAACCAUGGCAAGGCUUGGGGAAGGCUCGUUUGGAGAGGCAAACCUAUUACACAAGCCGACAAGGGCGAACGCAUCCCAGGCGCUCUCAAAUACUGCUGGAGCUCUGCGCACUGA